AUGUUCAAUGGUCUCGCGGCUGAAAUCCCUUUGGACCACAUCGAGAACUUUGAGAGAGUUUGCAACUUCUCUCGUGCGAAUGGAGUGCCACCAGACUAUGUCAAAUGCACGUUGUUCCCAUUCUCUUUGGAUGGGAAAGCAUCUCGCUGGCUAGCCUCUCUCCCGACUGCUCUGAGGCAUAAAAUCUCCAAUUUUAAGCAAAAAACCGACGAGCCCUUCUAUGAUGCUUGGGAGCGGUACAAGGAGUACCGAAGGGAAUGCCCUCACCAUGGGUUUGAGGAUGAUUACAUACUAGAAGUGUUCUAUGAUGGAGUGAGCUAUGAGUUUCGCAAUGCUCUUGAUUCCUCGAGCAAUGGAGAUUUCAUAACCCAAACAACACUAGGCGCAUUCGCACUGAUCGAAAAUAUGGCGUCCAGCUCCCUCAACAAGAACAAGGAGAAUGACCGCUCCAAAAGCGUAAACAGCAUAGACAACCUCGUGGCCAAGGGUGAUCAGCUGUUGAAGGGUAAUCAGAGCCAAGUGUUCAUAAUGGAGGAAGAAACUGCAUCAGAGAACAAUGUUUCAGACGCCACACCUGAAGGGGGCAAUACCAUCGAUGAUCAGCAAGAAACUGACAAACCGGUUGACAACGCGCAGAACAGUCAAGGACAGAACAGUGGCUAUCAGAAACCGUACCAGGGAAGAACAUAUGUCCUUAGCAAGGCGCAGCACAACCAGUUCCAGAACCAAAAACAGCAGACUGCUCAACAAACCGCUCCUUCGCCAGCGAUUGCUCCGCAAGACGAGAUGAAGGGUCUAGCGACGAUCAUGCAGCAGUUGCUCCAGGGUCAACAAAUUCAUGGGAAAGCGUUAAAUCAAAUCACCACGGACAUCAACUCUAGGAUGAACCAAAUGUUUAAUGACUUAAGUACCAAAUACGAUAAUGUAGCCAGCCAUAUGCGUCAGAUGGACGUGCAGAUCGCGCAGACAGCCGGGAGAGUCAAGAGGCAGCAAGGUACUCAACCUGGAAAGACCGAUAAGAACCCUAAGGAAUGA